AUGACGCGGGGCCCUCACGUGACCCGGAGCUGCAGAGCGACGCAGCCUUGGGUGCAGUCGUCACUCUCGUCUGGCCAACUCCCCCGCUGCCCUGCGCGCGGGGCUGGCAUCGGGCCCGGGGCGAGCAGAGCAGGGCUCCUCAUGUUUGAAGUAGGGCUUUUUACCCCCGAAAGAGGGGGAGACUGUUUUGGAACUGUGGAGGUUGCCCUCUAUACAUUGUCCGUGCCUUUCAGCAGGGGAGAUUAUGGGCGUGUUCAGGAUGUGGGCUGGGCCACUGCAGGACUGGUGAUCUGGGCUGGUACCUGCUACUGCAUUUACAGAUUAACCAAGGGAAGAACACAGAGUGUGAGCGGACUUGCCAGAAAUGGGUCCAGAAUCGAGACGGAGACUAUGGUUGGGGAACAGAACCAGACCUUGGCCACAAGUGAAGCCAUGGCUGGAAGAGAGGCUGAGACUAGAAUCAAGACUGAACCAGAAUCUGGAGAAGGAGGUGAGCCUGUGGCUGAAGUAGACUUCAAGGUCCCUGUUCUAGUUAGACCCAGUGACAAUUGUCAGGCCAAGACAAUGCUUGAGGAAGAGAUAGAGACCCAGUCUGAGACCAGUUCAUUGGUGGAAACUGUGGUCAUGGCAGAGGCAGUGACUUUGACUGAAUCCACAUCCCAAGCCAAGGAAGUAACCAUGAAAGAGGCAGUUACACAAACUGAUGCCGAGGCUGAGGCAGUAGGCAAGAAAGAGGCAGUGACUCAGACCAAAGCUAAAGCUUGGGCAAUGGCUGGCAGGGCAGAGGUCAAGAAAGAAGCGAUGACCCAGACCAAAGCAGAAGCUCAUACAUUGGAUGAAAAAGAGACAGAGAUUAACAGAGUGACAGUGACACAGAGUGAGGUCUUGGCAGUGACCAAGGAAGUAGUCAAGAUUGGAAGCAUGAAUGAGACUGGAAUUGUGGCUGAAGCCACGAUGAGGUCCCUGGACGAGACUGUGGCUGUGCCUAGGACUCAAGCUGAGGCUAGGCUUGAUGCCACAGUUGCUACUAAGGAGAAUCCUAAUGAUUUGUCUGUUGUAGUGGCUGGAGUGGCCAUGAAGUCCUAUGCACAGUCUCAGGCUGUGACCAUAGUCAAAAGUGAUGAUAUGGCUGGUGCCAAGACUGACAGCCAGGAGGAUCUCAGAAACAUGCCUAAGGCAGGGUCUGGAGUAGAUAUGAAGGCUUCUGGUCAGCCUCAUACUGCUGCCAACAUUCUGACUGAAGCUGUGCCAGGGGCAAAGAAUGAUGCUUGGGACAAUGCAAAUGACAUUUGUGAAGCAGAGACAGAUAUAAGAACUUGUAUAAUACAACCUGAGACUGUGGCCAAGACAGAGGCUGAGGCAACGUCUGGUGCCAUGAUGGACGGUGGGGAAGCUGCCAGUGUUAAGGCAAUGACUGAUGCUGACGUAACACAUACUCAGCCUCAAACUGUAACCAGUGAUCAGACUGAAGCCAUGCCUGAUGCCAAGGUUAAGGGUAGAGGUAAUGCCAGUGCACUGGCUAAAGCAGGGGCCAAGGCAAACACCAAAACCAAUUUGCAGACUGAUGCCUUGUCUGAUCCCGGGGAUAAAAACCGAAGUGAUAACAAUGUCAUGGCUAAGGCAGAGACUGGUAUAGACAUGGUUUCCCCUACCCAGACUGAGCCUGUAGCCAAUGUCCAGGGUGAUGACUUGCCAGAUGGCAAAAUCAAGGCUAAGGACAAUGCCAAUACCACAUCUAAGGAAGGAGCUCAGGCUACGGCCCAGAGCCAGGGUGAAGCCUUACCUAAUACUAAAGGUAAGGCUAGAGGUAAAGCCAAAGCCAAGUGUAAGGCAGCAGCUGCGACGGACACGAAAACGUGUGCACAGCCUCAGGCUGGGACCAAAGCUGAGGCCUUGUCUGAUUCCAAGGUUGAUAGCAAAAGUGACUCUAAUGCUGUUUCUAAAGCAGGGGCAAAGGCAGACCAGAAAGCCUGUGGUCAGCCACAGCCUGUGGUCAAUUGCCAGAAUGAGGUCUUGCCUGGUACUAAGAAUAAGGUCAAGGGCAAUCCGAAUCCUAUGCCUAAGACAGAGGCUGGGACAGCUCCAACAAGCUCUGCCCAGACUAAUGUUGUGAGCAAUUCCCAAGGUGAGACCACCCCUGGAGCCAAGAAUAAGGCCAAGGGUAAUCGGAAUUCUGUGCCUAAAGCAGGGGCUGGGCCAGAUAACGGUUCUGCCCAGUCCCAGACUGUAGCCAGUUCCCACAGUGAGGCCUUACCCGGUGCCAAGAAUAAAGUUAAGAGCAAUCCCAAUGUGCCUAAGGCAGAGGCUGGGGUCGGCGCCUGUCCCCAGUCUGUGGCUGCUUCCCAGGGUAUUGCCUUGACUGGUACCAAGACUAAGGUCAAGGGCAAUUCUAAUGCUGUGUCUAAACAAGAUACUGGGGCAGGUACAAUGGGCUCUGUCCAUGCCAAGGCUGUGGCAAAUUCCCAGGGUGAGACCUUACCUGGUUCCAAGAAUAAGGUCAAGGGUAAUUCCAAUGCUGUGCCUAAGGCAGAAGCUGGGGCAGGUACAACAGACUGUAUUCAGCCCCAGGCUGAGGCCUCGCUUGGUGCCAGAAAUAAGGCUAGGGGUAAUUCCAGUUCUGUGCCUAAGGCAGAGUCUGGGGCGAGUACAAUACUGGCUUUGGCUUCUUCCCAGGCAGAGGCCUUGCUUGGUGCCAGAAAUAAGGUCAGGGGUAGUUCCAAUGCUACACCUAAGGCAGAGGCUGGGGUAGGUUCAAGGGGCUCUGCCCAGUCCCAGGCUGUGGUCAGUUCACAGAAUGAAACCUUGCUUGGUGCCAGGAAUAAGAUUAGGUCCAAUGCUGGUACUAAAUCAGGAGCAAGAACAGGUACAAGGAGCUCUGCUCAGCCCCAGGCUGUAGUCAGUUCUCAGAAUGAAGCUUUGCUUGGGGCAAGGGAUAAAGGUCUGUCCAGCUCGCAGGUAGAAGCCACUGCAGACAAUAGGAUCUACGCAAAGCCCAUGGUAGCGGCUGUGCCCACUUCUGAAAUGGUGACUGUGGCAGGUACCCAGCCUAACAUUCAUGAUUACUACUGGAAUGGGAUUGGUGUUGAGGAUUGGAUUGCUGCUGAGCGGUGGAUCAAAUUUAGGUUUCAGACUAUAGAUGGAGACUGGGAGAAUAGUGUAUCCUGGACUGAGGAUGACAGUGGAGCCAGUAUUGGGCCCUGGAGUGGGGCUAAUGACAAGGCUGGCAUUGUGAGCUCCUGGGCUGUGGCUUGUGAUGACACUAGCAUUAAGUCCUGGACUGGGGCUAGGACGGAGAAUGAGGUUGCUCUUGGGUCCUGGGUAAGUGCUGGUGACCAGGCCAGUGGAGCACUCUGGGCAGGAGCUCAGACGAGUGAGGGGACCUGGGUUGGAGACAAAGCCACUGCAGCUUCCUGGACUGGGGCUGAGAACCAGAUCACUGCAGGUUCUUGGGUUGUCUCUGGAAACCAGGCCAUUGCUGGGCCCUGGGCUGUGAGUCAGGUUAGUGAUGGGUCGUGGCCUACAGUCCAGGCCAGUGGAGUAUCCUGGGUUGUGGAUCAGGCUACUGGGACCUGGACUGUGGCUGAGAACCAGACUGGUGCAGUGUCUUGGGCUGGAGCUGGCAAUAUAGUUAGUAUUGGAUACUGGACUGGGGCUGUAGACCAGACCAAUGCAGUGUCCUGGACAGGGACUACUGAUCAGGUUGGUGGUGAGGCUAAGCCGAGGUUUGAAGAUCAGGCCAGUGAAAAGGGGUCUUGGACUGUAGUUCAGACUAGUGGAGAGUCCAGGUUGGGAUCUGAGGAUCAGUCGAGUGGAAGGUCUUGGACUGAGGCUGUAGACCAAAGCAGUGCAGCAUCCAGGUUGGGAACUGUAGAUCCAGCUGCUGGUACAUCCUGGGUUGGAACUGGGGAGCAGGCUGUUGGAGGAUCUACAUCAGGGUCUGCAGAGCAGUCUGGUAGUGGCUCAUGGGCUGGCACUAGGAAUCUGGCUGGGGAAAGAUCUUGGACUGGGACUGGUGAUCAGCCAGAUGGUGCAACCAAACCUGGUUUUGAGAAUCAGACUAGUGAUGAAGGGUCUUGGACUGGCACUAUUGGCCAGCCUAGUGGAGGUUCCAAGUCAGUGUCUGAGGACCAGUCUGCUGCGAGAUCCUGGACAGAUUCUGGCGACCAACUCAGUGGAGGAUUCUUGGUUGGGCCUUUGGACCAGGCUAGCUCAGAGUCUCAGCCUGUCUCUGGAGAAAUGGCUGCUAGUGGAGUAGAUCAGUCUAGUGGAGGAGGAUGCUGGACUGGAUCUGGGGACCAGUCUGGCGGAGAAUCUAGGCUGGGUCCCAGGGACCAAUCGAAUGGAGAGUCUUGGCCUGGCACUGGAGAUCAGACCAGUGGAUGGUACUGUACUUACAGUGGGACUCAGAAUAUUGGAGGUGGCUCUUGGGUUGGGCCCGGGACUCAGGAUGUUGGAGGGUCAAAGCCAGUGCACAUGAACCAGACUAGUGGUGGGGCCUGGCUUGGCACUGGGCCUCAGGUCAGUGCAGUGUCCUGGACUGGUGAUCAAGUUGGUGGCUGUCCCAAACCUGGAUUUGAGGAUCAGAGCAUUGGAGGAGGAUUCUGGGCUGGUGCUGGGGACCAGACCACUGGAGGAUCCAGGCCAGCUGUGUCUGAGGAUCAGUCUAGUGCAGGAGUUUCCUGGGGUGGCACUGGUGGUCAUGUUAUUGGAGGGUCCACUGAUCAGUCCAGUGGUGGGUCCUGGCCUGGUAUGGGGAAUCAGGUCAGUGGAGGGUCUUGGAUUGGGCCUGUGGAUCAGACUAGUGGCUGUACUAAAUCUGGAUUUGAAGAUCAGUCAUGUGGAGGAGGCUCCUGGUCUGGCGCUGGGGACCAGACUAGUGGAGAAUCCUGGCCUGGGUCUAGGGCUAGUAAUGAAGCCAGUGGAGGAUCUAGGCUAGACUCUCAAGACCAGGCCGGUGGAGGGUCCUGGGUUAGGUCUGAGGAUCAGGCCAGUGGAAGAUUCCUUGUCAGUGCUGAGGUGGAGGCUAAUGAAGGAUUUUGGUUUGGGCCCGGGAGUGAGGCCUUUAUAGGGUCUUGGUGCUGGACAGAAGAGGCUACUAUUUUGCCUGUAGCUGAGAUGAAAGAGGAGGCCAGUACUGAAUCCACGUCAGGGACUAGGGAAGAAACCAUCAUUAGUUCUGGUGUAGGGGAUGAAAAGAAGACUAGUGCUGAAUCCUGGGCCAGGUCUGAAGAGACAGCAUUUCCAGGCACCUGUGCUGGCAGUGAGACCGACACUGUGGCUGGAGCUCAGGCUGAAGUUGAGCCUGCAUCAAAGGCUAGACCUGAGGCUGCGGCUGAGCCUGAGGCUGAGAUUGCGGUUGAGGCCGAGAUUGCGGUUGAGGCUGAGGUGCGAGGGACUAGGGCUGAGGCUGGGGCAGCAGUUGCAACUGAUUCUGAAGCCGGAGCUGAGACAGGGGCUAGAGUUGAGGCAGGGGCUGCAGCUGAAGCUGGAAUGGGGUUUUGGCCCUGGAAUGGAGAUGGCACCACUAAAGGGUCUAGGCUUGGAGCGGAGGCUGAGGCUGGACUUGGGGGAGGAGCAGAGGCUGACACCGAGACUGAGAAUAGCAUGGGAUUUUGGUUCUGGAAUGGAGAUGCAGCUACUAAAGAGUCUAAGCUUGGUACAGAGGCUAAAGCCGAGGCUGGAAUUGGAACAGGGACAGGGACAGAGCCAGAGACAGGGACAGGGACAGGGACAGGGACAGGGACAGGGACAGGGACAGGAGUGGGUGUGGGGGCAGAGGCUGUGGCUGAGACUAGCAUGGGAUUUUGGUUCUGGGAUGGAGAUGGAGGCACUAAAGGGUCUAGCCUUGGGACUGAGGCUGAGGCUGGAGUUGGGACAGGAGCUCAGGCUGGGGCAGAGGCUGUGGCUGAGGCCAGCAUGGAAUUUUGGUCCUGGGAUGGGGAUCAAGCUACUAAAGGGUCUAGGCUUGGGGUUGAGCCUGAGCCUGGGGCUGGAGUUGUGGCUGAGGCUGGGGCUGAGACCAGUAUGGGGUUUUGGUUUUGGAAUCAAAACUCAACCACUAAAGGGUCUGGGCUUGGGGCUGAGGCUGGGAAUGGCUUAGGGUCUUGGACUUUAUCUACAAAUGUAAAUGAUGAUGAAGAUGAGGAGGAGGAUGAACUAAGUAGAGAAUCCAGCCCUGGUAUUGAAGAGAUCAGUCUAAGAACCCUAUUCGGGGCCGAGAGAGAGGACAGUAAUGACCUUAGAUCUACAAAUGAAAAAGACGUUAAUUCUGAAUCUGGGACUGGGGAUAAGGCUGACGACACUAAAGGGCAGUUUGAUGCUGCUAAUGGAGUUGACAUAAGGUCCUGGUUCUAUACUGGUAAUGAAAGCAGAUGUGAAAAUGAGUCUUCAUCUCAGGUGAAAGCCAAAAAGACAACGGAAUCAAGGGGUAUAUAUCCAUCCAUGGUCCCUGGGGCAGGAAUGGGUGUAUGGGAUGGAGCCAUUGUUUGUUCGGAAAGCAAGUUAUUACACAAAACCAGCUUUCCAGGGGAAGAUGGCUUCAGAAGGCAAGUCAAUCCUGGAGUCAAGGUGCACUCGUGCAACUGCCGCUGUAAACGUACGGUCAAUCUGGAUCCACACGAUCUUGAAAAACUCAUCUGCAUGAUCGAAAUGACUGAAGAUCCUUCUGUUCACGAAAUAGCCACCAAUGCUCUGUAUAACAGUGCUGAUUAUCCUUAUCCCCAGGAAAUUGAUCGGAAUAUAGGUGGAAUUUCAGUUAUCCAAAGCUUAUUGAGCAAUCCCUAUCCCAAUGUCCGGCAAAAGGCUUUAAAUGCACUGAAUAACCUCUCAGUUGCUGCUGAAAACCAUAGAAAGGUUAAGACAUAUUUAAGUCAAGUAUGUGAAGAUACUGUCACUUAUCCCUUGAAUUCAAAUGUGCAAGUGGCUGGACUCAGAUUGAUAAGGCACCUGACUAUUACUAGUGAGUAUCAGCAUAUGGUUACCAAUUAUAUUUCAGAGUUUCUCCGUUUGUUGGCUCUGGGAAGCGGAGAAACUAAAGACCAUGUUUUAGGAAUGCUUGUGAAUUUCUCUAAAAAUCCAUCCAUGACAAGAGACCUGCUAAUUGCCAACGCACCAACAGCACUGAUCAACAUUUUUAGCAAGAAAGAGACGAAAGAAAAUAUCCUUAAUGCUCUUUUACUUUUUGAAAAUAUAAACCAUCAUUUUAAGAAAAGAGGGAAAACAUAUCCCCAAGACCGCUUCAGUAAAACCUCCCUUUAUUUCCUGUUUCAACGACCUAAAGCCUGUGCCAAGAAACUUAGAGCCUUAGCAGCAGAUUGUAGUGACCCAGAGGUGAAAGAAAAAGUUGAGGUAUUGAUAAAUAAACUCUGACUGUCUAUCCGUUUCCCCAAAAGUUUGAGUAAUGUUUUGUUUUUGCCUCCUGGACAUGAUGCACACUGUACCUUGCAUUAGAACUUUGAAACUGAUGUUGCCUACGAGGAUCUAGAGCUGGACAGUUUGAUGAACACCAAAUGAGUUCCCGCCUGUGCUGAAAAUACAUGUGUCAAUUUUUAUCUUGUCUGGAUUGAGAUAUUUUUAGUAUGCUUCAUGAGCAAAAGCCAACCGAUUCUUCAUAAGUAAGGUAAUCUUUGGUCCUUUGUGUGGACUUAUGUUUAUACAUUUGAGACUUUAUUUUUGUGUCAUCAAUAAACUUGUGUGUUUUAAGAAGUGGAAGAA